GUUGGUUUAAUAUCUCAACUACUUGAAGCAAUUUCCAAAUUUAAAAACAUUAGUAUUUUUAAUUCAAGACAAAUUAAAAAAUGGGCAUCAGCAGUGAAAGCAACAUGUAAAUAUACCAUGCUUGGAAAUGGGGUAGGGGCAUAUGAAGUACUAGGUCAAAUCUUUAAUAAUUCAAAUUGGGGUGUACGUGAAUAUAAAAAUCAACAACAAACUUGGGUGGUUUUAGUAUCUCAAGAUAUGAAUCAAAUGCAACCGAAAAUAGAAAUUCAAUAG